AUGCAAAUAAUUAUCAAGACUUUGCAGAUCGGUGGCACAGGAUGCCCACCUCCAAAUCAGGGUGGACUACGUUUUCAACAGCAGAAGUUCUACACAAUCACACCUGGAUCGCCUCCGCCUCCGCCUCCCCGUAAGCUCUAUGCUACUUUUAACCUGAAGACGAAAAAUGAGGGCUGGGUUAAGGAUAAUAAUGAAAUAAUCAAAGCAGCAUGCAAAAUGUAG